CCUCAUUCGAGUUGACGUUAUGAGUGUGUGGUAUGUAAUAUGGUGCUCCUGUUUACCUUUACAAAAUAGUUGCAUAAUAUGAACCUGCAGAAUUGAAUGUGUUUUUGCCGCUGAGAACGAGUUUUAGAGUUUCUUUGAAGGUUUUUAGGAAGUUUUGAUGAAGAAGAAUAAAGAGACAAGAGGAAAAAGAAUUUGAAAAAGUUCUUGACGCGUUGGACAUGACAUUCUAUGAACACAGCACGAGGAGUCUUGAACAAAAUAAAUUUGGAGUAUUAAGUUCACAUACGAAGUCUUUUAAAAAGUAAAUCGGCAAGAUGCUAAUCGCACGUCCAUGCGAGAGACGAGUCCGAACGCUCGUGGUGUUUGUGGUGGUAACAUACGCGCUCUCAAGUUGCCUCUAUCUCUUCCUGGAUAGAGAACCGCCUUCCCUACUCUUACUGCCAAACGCCACCUGGUGGAGGACGAGCUCGCCUGCCUAUAAUAUGUCACUUCUUGAUGGUUCAAAUGAUAUGAAGUGGCUUGUAGAUAAUACAGGGUUUGAAUUUUUAAUCAACAAUAAGCGGUGUGAUGGUGUUGAUCCAGUAUUUCUUGUUGUUUUUGUUCAUUCUGCACCUACUAAUUUUCACAAACGUCAAGUUAUUAGAAAUACAUGGGGACAUGAAGGAAAUUUAGCUCAUGAUCCUAUGAAAAUAGUCUUUCUGUUGGGUACUGUUAAUGAAACUAAAGUACAGCAACAGAUUGAGGAAGAAAAUGCUCUCUACCAUGAUGUGGUUCAAGGUAAUUUUGUGGACAGCUAUCGCAAUCUCACAUAUAAACAUGUUAUGGGCUUAAAGUGGGUUACUUACUACUGUCGGCAAGCCCGCUUUGUUUUCAAAACAGAUGAUGACAUAUUUGUUGAUAUUUUUCAACUUACAACCUUCCUCAAAGAUACUUUUGGACAGACGGGCGGUGUGGCAAAUCUUAUGAUGUGUUACUUAAUCCGUUCACCCCACGUGAAACGCAGUCAGCGAAGCAAGUGGCGAGUGAGCUUCAAGGAGUACCCUGCUAGGAAGUAUCCUACUUAUUGUGCUGGCUGGGGUGUACUUAUGAGUCCAGAUGUUGUUUUUAAACUAUACCUUUUAUCUUCCAAAAUACCUUACUUCUGGGUAGAUGAUGUGCAUGUAACAGGUACAUUGGCAAGCCAUGUGGGUAUUUCGCAUGUCGAUUUUACCGAAAAACUUGCCUUGACAGCUAUUGAUGUGGAUAAGUGGUUGAAUAGUGAGAAUGUAAUCAAGCCUUAUCUUUUUGGCUACCCGAAUUCUGAUUCAGAAACAAUUCUAGCUCUCUGGAAUCGAACGAUGCAGUAUUAUCAUAGGCCGCUGGUGCCAUCUAGGUAGCAGUAAUCGCAAUCUUUUUCUCUGUCCAGCGUCACUCAAUGAAUAUUGUUGUGAAUUGCCAGUGUCAUUCAUAGCCAGAAUUUUGCAACUUCUGUGGAUGAAUGCUCUACUUGAACAUUGUAUGUUCCUAUCAUAAAGUAAAUAUUAUAAGGCUUUUAAAGUGUAUUCUUUUUUAGGUAGUAGUGACAGGAAGAGAUCUGAUAAUUUUAGUGUCUACAUAUAUUGAUUCUCUGUGAUAAUUUAUUAAUUUUUAAAAACGUGAUUAUUUUUUUGAGAAUACAGUGCUAACCUUCUUGUUGAUUCUAUUAAUUUCCUAAAAUGUAUUUAAAAAGACAUAAUGAUUUAAGGCACUGUAAUGAAAUUGUCUGCAAUAAUCUUGCUUUUGAUGUAUAAGUACCAGCGUUGCAAUAUCAUUCACUGCCAUCAAUUUUUCAUGCUGGUUCUUGUUAGAUUAGAAUUUAAAUCUAAUACAUACUCAUUAACAAGUACUUGGCAUUGUUGAGCUUCACUAGAAACAAGAGAACAUUUUUAUUCCAAAAUAGGAUUUCAGUAGGUUAAUCUUAACUAUCUUUUGUUUUCCUUAGUAAGAAGAUUUUUCAUUAAAAUUUGAUUUUAACUUUAUUAUUAAAUUUCUGUAAAUUUCUUUCUAUGUUAAGAAAAAGGCAAAAUUUUUGCUGACUUAAAAAUUAAUAAAAUAGUCUUAUAAAUUUUUUAAUACAUUAAGAAAAUAUCCAUUGUGAACUACUAAAAGUAUUUUAUUAAUUCUAUCAAUUAAUUUAAACAUUUUACUCAAAAAUUGAAUUUCGGAACUCAAUUUAUUAGAGGUAUAAAUUUAAAAAAUAUUUUACAUUAUCUGAUAUAAAGCAGAUUUGUUCGAUACAUAUAUUUGUUUUAAAAUAUGUGCUACAAACUAUAUAGAUAUAUAUAUGAACCAGUUUCCUUAAUAAUUAUUGGAAUUUAAUAAUCUGUUGAGAGGUAAAUAAUUUAAUUUUUUAUUUUUAUGUCCAUCUUGAGUUAUAUAUUUUUGCAUUUAUUUUAAAAAUGUAAGGAUUGUUCUUAAAAUAUUCAUUGGGUGACCUGACUAAGGCAAGCAAGCAUAGUAGUUUUCUGCCAUUAUUAUAUAUUUUGAGUGUUUAUUGGCAGAGACUACUGACUGAUCCAUUUCUUUACUGUGAUAAAGUGUUGAAAUGAUAUGUAAUGAUUGCCUGAAAUUUUCAAAGUAUUUCUAAAGAUAGGUUCUCUUGUGAUAUAGACAAUGUGUGUCUACCAGAGCAGCUAUAACUUAACUAUGCCUGAUGCAAAUUUUGUUUUCUUACAUCCUUGUCUGUAUUUGUUUUUAAUGUACUGCUUAUGAUUCUUGUUUUUAAUGUAAUUUGUUAUUUAACACUGAUUAUUGUAUGUUUCUGUCUUGGCCUUUUUUUUUUUUAUGUCAAUUGUUCAUUUUAGUGCAUAUACAGUGUAGUUUUUUAAUGUUUAUUUAUUUUCAUAUGACUGAUGUAGAAGUAUUACUAUAUCACUUUUUUGUUUAUGAUCAUACUCUUCACACCAACUGUUGAUAUUCUCAUAUUGUGUUCUAUUGUCAAUAUUAAUUCACAAUAAUUUGAAGAAGUGAAAAUAUUUUCGAAAUUUGUAGUUUCUAUGAACUGUGACUUACUUUGUGAAUUCUCUGGUAUACUAGUUUUGGCUAAAAAAAAUUGCUUCGAUCAAAUGUUUUCAUUUAUGCAUCAAAAAUGUCUGUAAAAAUUUCUAGAAUGGCAUCUAUCUUGCAAAGUGUCUAUAUUUAAAAAAACAUUUGAUUCAAUUAACAAUGUUUUAAAAAAUUCAUUUGCACAGAGAUGACAUGCGAUGCUAGUUUUCUUGAAGUAGUUUAAAAAUUUAGACAUGGUUAUAAAUGCUGCUUAAAUUAUCAGUAUAAGCUAUUAUUAUAUAUAGUAGUUUUCUCCUUCCAGAUCUUCUUAACCUUUAGUUCAUGAACAAGAAUAAGAAUAGUUAUAAAUGAAAGCAUAAUAUUAAAAUUUGAAUCAUAAAACAUUUAAAACUUUUUAAGGAGGAAAAAAAUUAAAUUAAGGACUUUUUUUCACCUUUUUAAUUAUAUUAUAUUAUUUUCCUGCUGUAAAUUUAGAAAAAAGUUUUUUAUUAAUUACUAUACUUGAAAUGUCACGGGAGAUUAGAUUAGUGUAUAAAACCUUCUACUUCAAAAUAUCAUUUUUUUUUAUAGAUGGAUAUAUUUUUGUUGUAAGAAGAAAGGGGAAGAAUAUCUAUGCAAUAACAUAUGAUUUUUAAUUUCCCAUCCUCAAAAGCUCAUUACAUUAUCUUUUUUUUUAGAAUUUAAUUAAAAUUUUCCAUAUUUUUCUAGAUUGAGAUCUAUCUUUUCUGAUGGUACUAGAUUUUAUACAUAUGCAAUUUUAAAUUCAGUGUUUUAUUACAAAUAUUUAUUUAAUGAGUGAGUAAUGCCUAAUUUUUAUUAAACAUCCUGUCUUUAAAUGUAUUUGCUAAAUAUUCAAGAGUAGUGAGGAAUUUUUAAAAAUUAGACAGCUUAUGCUAUGAAGUAAAUUUGUUAGAUUCAACAUUUCUCUUUUCAUUUUGCUUUUUGUAAAAUUUCUUCACUAAAAUGAAACACUGUAGUCAUGCUUAAUGAUGUUGAAUGAAUAAUUAUUAACAUAAAGAUCUGUUCAGAUCAAUAAGCUAUGCAUAAUAAUUUUAAAAGGCAAGGUGUUUUUUGCAUUAAUUUAUAUCAAUAUCUGCUAAACCUGCUUCUCAUUAUGCACUUCUGUCAGUUCAGUGUUUGAUAUUUUUUUCAUGCAUUUUGUUGGUCGUAUCAAUUAAUUUGGUGAUUAUUUUUCUUAAUACUAAAUUAUUUUUAUUUUUUAAACAAUUAUUUUAAAUCAGCAAUUACUUUUUUAUAGAAUGCAUUGACUCAAAACAAUUGUGAUUUUGUUAUAAUUAUUAAUUGCAGCUUUUUUAACAGUGGUGUAAUCUUUAAGAAACUAUACUUUUUUCUUAAUUUUGAUCUAACACUGUUGACUUUUUUUUAAAAUUUCUAGUGCUAUAUGUAUAAUAUUAUUAUUAAUUAUUGCAUGUAAUUGAAAAAUGUGUAAUAAAAUAAUUCACUUGCAUUUUACUUUCUUUUAUAUGAAAGUUUUAUUAACACCCUUGUUAUAUCAAAAGUGCUGAAUAGAAAUAGCAAUAAUUCUAUACCCAACAGAUUGUAUCAUGUUGAAGGUCCAUCUUUGCAUAAUAAUGCUAAUUUUUUCUCACUUAUAUUUUAUAAUACAUGUAAAAAUAGUUUUCUUAAACUUUUGCUUUAUCUUAGUUUUUUUUCCAUCUGGAAUUUUAAAUAAAGAACUUCAUUUUACUAAAUAAUCUAGGAAUAAGCAUCCUAUCUUCCCGAUCUGUUAUCUUUAUGUAAUGUAGCUUCUGCACUCUCUUUUUGUGCUAAUAUUAAUAAUAACCAUGUGCCAAACUUUAGCAUCUUUGUUAAUAGCUGGUGCUCUCUUUAUGCUGUGCCAAAUUUCAUAACUUGAUGCAUACUCAUCUAAUUCUUUCUAAGGCUUUGUAGGAUGUUGAUGCUAAGUACUUGAUUGUUUCUUGUGAAAUAAGUAAAUUCAUAUUUUAAAAAAAUAACUACAGGUCCAAACUUUAAUGUAUAAUUAGAAAUUAUGGGUUUAAAAUUUUGAAUCAAAUUAUUUUCUUUGUGAAUAUUAUAAUUUUUUUUAUCAGUCUUUUGUUUCAGUAUUUAAGUUUGGCAAAUCUACAAAUUAAUAAUAUCAUUUAAAGAAUGUUAACUUAUCACAUCAUGUUUAUAGCAUAUCUAAAUAUUUAGAAUGUAAAAUAUAUAUGUGUAACAAAUUCAGUUUCUGAAUUGAAGAAAAAAAUAUGCAAUAUAUAUGUUAUAAAAAUUAAAUUACUUAAUUUAGAUUGUUGUUUCUUAGCAAUUAAUAUUUUGUAUUUUUAUGUCAUUUUUAACAUUUAUUUUUUAAAAACAUAAUUAUAAAUAUAAAGUUGGAUGUGAAUUUUAUUAAGUUCUUUUUAUUGUCAAUUCUGCCAACAUGUUUUGCACUUCAUUGUACAAUACAUUUAUAUAAGAUAUCUGUUAUGCUUGUGGCAUAUAUUCCUAAUAAUAUUUUUCAUAUUAACUUUAUAAUGUAUAUUGUAGUUAUCUAACUCUGUAUUUAUACCAUUAAUGUUGUUGGUGACAUAUGUCUGCUAGUGCCUUUCUUUAAUUGAAAUUCAUUAUUAAUUAAAUCAUCUCAAUUUUUAUUUUCAUUAUUUUUAUAGUAUAGUAAAAUUUAAAAUAUUUACAGUAGAUUGGGGAAUUUCAAUAAUAUCCAACAAAGUUUACUAUGUUUUGUUCCACUCCAUAGUUUUAUUUACACAUUUAAGCAUCUUAUUUGUUCAUAAGUAAGAUAGUUUUGUUUUUUUAAGAUUGCUAUAGUUAAAAUGCAAAGAAAAGUGAAAUGAUGUAUUAUUCCUGAGAAUUGAUGAUUCCAGUGAAAUGAUGUUCCUGAGUUAUAUCAAUUAUUGAUUUCUCAAUUUAGCUAACUGCAGUGCAUUAUUGAUUUAAUUAAACAUUGUAAAUACAGCAGACUCUCAGUAAUCCUGCAUGUUUCGGCCCAGCUGCUGGAUUACGUGUUUUAAUUGCAAAAACUGUGUUUAUUGCACAAAAUAUAAAAAAUAGGUUUAAUAUAAUAUUGCUACAAAAUAUAAUUAAUAAACUAUUGUUUGUCAUGCCUUUGAGCACUUUUAUUGACAUACAGGGAUAUUUUUAUUUACGGCUUCCCAUUUGGCUUUAUUAAAUUGUUGGACAAUAAAAGCAGAGUUGGUAAAUAGGCAAAGUAAGCAAAUUCCUAGGGGCCUCAUGAUUCUGCCCUGCCCCCAAGAUCUCUAUUUUUUAAUUUGUGCUAUUUUCACAAACAGUAAGAGGUCUUAAACAAAGGUCAUGCACUUGUUAAAACAAAAUUAAGCAUUGCUUAAAUUUUGAAAUAUUAUUCUAAUAGCAUUCCUAAUUUACUGCCUUUGCCAAGUUUUUUUUAUGUUUUAUAAUUCUAACAAGAUAUAAGCUAUAUAAUUUUAAAAUUUAUCAUUGAAUAGUAUAAAAUUCCAUAAUUCUGUUGAAAUUAUUUUUGAAUUCAAACUUAAAAUCUUUUUAACGCCGAAAUUCUAAAAACUCCUUUCUUGAAAGUAACAUGAAAUUAAAUAUUCUGCUAUUUAAGUUUGUCAAAAUGUAAUAACAUUGCUUUUAUAAAUUAAACUUAAAAUAAUAACAAUAUCUGGUUUUUGAAGUUGGGAAGGAGGCAAGGGGCCCCAGACUUAGAUUGCCUUAAGGGCCCCUAGAGGGUUUAAUCACAUCCUGAUAAGAGAGACUAGAUUGAUGCAGUGCUUGUUUAUUUGAGACUACUGUACUAGUAAAUCAGAAAAUUUUAUUAAUUUUUAUUAAAUUUAUUUUCUUUUAAAAAUUAUAUUUAAAAACGAUGUUUUUUGCAUUUACUGUGCUUAAAUGUCUUCAUUACUAGUUCAUUUACCACAAUUGUAUUUAAAGAUUGAAUCAGGUUUUUGAUACAUUUCCUCAGUUGGUGUGUUUUAUAUUGUGGUAUUUCUUUUAUGUUUGAUUCUCUUAAAAGUAAUGUGCAUUUAGUUUUAGAAUUUGCACAUAUUUAAAAUAUUGUUUCUGCAUUCCUUAUUUUGCUUUUUGACAAAUGUUUCUCAGGACUUUGUAUUAACUAUCUCUUUCCCAUCAAAUUUUCUUUUGUUUGAUAUUUUUUUUUUCUUUCUGUGUAAUAUCUUUUUAAAGUUUAUGAUGUGAAUCUAUAUUUACUGUUUUUUUUUUCUUCUGUGUUCAUGUGUUCAGCAUUUUGUGU